CAAUCAAAUUACCCACCCGGCACUUGAGUUUGUCCUUUUUCAGCCGUGAAAAAAAAAAACAAUCUAGGGUUCGUCUUUGUGAAGAAGAGGAAGAUGAGCUCUGAUUCAGUGCCCGCGAGCACAGCUAAUGGUAAUCUGGAUGAGCAAAUUGAUCAGCUUAUGCAGUGUAAACCUUUAUCAGAGCAGGAGGUAAGAGGAUUAUGUGAGAAAGCAAAGGAGAUUCUAAUGCAGGAGAGCAAUGUCCAGCCUGUGAAAAGCCCUGUGACUAUAUGUGGUGAUAUUCAUGGGCAGUUCCAUGAUCUUGCUGAGCUCUUCCGAAUUGGUGGGAAGUGUCCUGAUACUAAUUAUCUUUUCAUGGGAGAUUAUGUGGAUCGUGGAUACUAUUCUGUCGAAACAGUAACGCUUUUGGUGGCUCUCAAAGUACGCUAUUCCCAACGAAUUACAAUCUUGAGGGGGAAUCAUGAGAGUCGCCAGAUUACCCAGGUUUAUGGAUUUUAUGAUGAAUGUUUACGGAAAUACGGUAAUGCCAAUGUGUGGAAGAUUUUCACAGAUCUGUUUGAUUAUUUUCCUCUCACAGCUUUGGUUGAGUCAGAAAUAUUUUGUCUCCAUGGUGGUUUGUCACCAUCUAUUGAAACCCUUGAUAAUGUACGUAGUUUUGACCGUGUACAAGAAGUUCCACAUGAGGGGGCCAUGUGUGAUCUUUUAUGGUCUGAUCCUGAUGAUCGUUGCGGUUGGGGCAUCUCACCCAGGGGUGCUGGAUAUACCUUUGGCCAAGAUAUAUCUGAGCAGUUUAACCACACAAACAAUUUAAAGUUAAUUGCUAGAGCACACCAGCUGGUUAUGGAGGGAUUCAAUUGGGCCCAUGAUCAAAAGGUGGUUACCAUAUUUAGUGCACCUAACUAUUGUUACCGCUGUGGAAAUAUGGCAUCCAUUUUGGAAGUUGAUGAUUGCAACGGGCAUACAUUCAUUCAGUUUGAACCAGCUCCAAGGAGAGGGGAGCCAGAUGUAACCCGAAGAACCCCAGAUUAUUUCCUAUGAUGCAGCUGCACAAACGUUUUGAUUUUUCUGCAGGUGUUCCUGCUAUUCAUACGCUGCGGGCUACGUAGGAGUUUGUAGUAACUUGUACUAUAGUGGUACAACUGCAAUGCAUGAAGCUUGUAAAUCAGCUGGGUGAUGCUUUCUUUCUCUCAGUUCUCCAGGAACUUGAUGGAGAGACUGAAGCCGGGGAUUGGUGCUCUGCACGUAUAGUUCUCAUCAAAGAAUAGUCAGCCCUUUCGUUUCUGUUUUCUCAUAUUUUUUGUUGUUGCUAGUCCCUAAGAAAUGACAACCAUUUCUUUGCUCAAUAUUUUUUGUCCCCUGUAGACGGGAGAUGACAUUGGUUGAAGUUUUGUAGAGGCAAGAUUAUAGUUUUUCUUUUUCCACCUUUUGAUGAGUGCUUUCUUAACAUUGUCUUUUAAUUAUAACCUUGCUAGAUUUGACACUCUGAA